AACUGUUGGCUUAGAAGGAGAUGGUGGUGAGGAAAUAGUGCUACUCAGAUGAAAACAUAUAAAAUAGGAAGAGGUUGUUCUCUGAGAUUUCACCGAAUCUUAAUGAUUUUCCACCAGAAUCGGGUCUCCUGCAAGUUGUGGUAACUCAGCGGUUAUCUUCAUAUGAACCAAGGCCGGAUUUCAACUUUGAAACUGCUGAUGCUCACUAUUCAUUCUCAAAGGAUCUGUCUGAGGAAGAGGAUGAAUAUUUCACUCCGUAUAGAGAAUUGGAAGUUGAUAGUAGUCAAGCUGCUUUUAGAAUGUCACUAAACUCUCCAGAUCCAAUAGAAUUGAAUAGCUCUCUAGACUCAAAUUCAGUAGAUGUAACCGAUGAAGUUCAAUCUAAGAUUUCUUUAGAUCAGUUUGGGUCUUUCCUGGGAUCUGAUUUUUUGGAAAAUUUGGAAUCAAACUUGAACCAUAAGGAAAUUGAAGAAUUAGGGAAUGGAAGAAAUCAGACCAAUAAGUUAGGGACUGCUGAUAAAGAUGGAGAUGAUGGGAAAAAAUUGAAAGGGAUCCAGGUAAUGGAAGAGCAGCUAAGUCUGGAGUAUUCCUUGCUUCAAGUGAAGAAAAAGCGAAAGUUGUAGCUCUCCUGCAGGGAGCUAAGUGGGCCAAAGAUGCUGAUUUGGAACACUUUUGGAUGGAAGGUGACUGUGAAUGUGGAGUUUAUCAAAGGCAAGACAACAAUGAUGGAUUGGAGGAACCAAGUAUAGUUAAGGAAGCAAAGUUUUAGUUGAAUGCAACAACUUUUUGGGAUUCAAGUUUGUUCAUAGGUCUGGCAACUCUGUGGCAGACAAGCUGACCGCGGAGGCGAGAAAAUCUUCAAUUUUCAAUAGUUGGA